UGCAGAGUUUACGCCCGUAAGGACGGUAGAAAAUAUGCAAAGAACAAUUUGAAAAAAAUACCCGGGUAAUAUUAAAAAAAAAAAAAUGUAUGUUGAGCGCACGCUCUGAAACCCAACCGUGCUCCAUUCUCAAUCAUACGCAAAAAAAUAAAGCAUAGUAAAACCGAAAUUCAGAACGUAGUGCAAAAUGUGGGUGCAUAAAAAUUUAAAGUGAAGUAAAUAACUGGCUUAAAAGUAAGCACUUUUGUUGGGGCCGAUAAGCAGCCGAGACGUAUGCAGUGGAAAUAUUUGGCGUGAUUGGAAUUAAGCCAGCGAAGUGUCGCGAAACAUAAAAAUUAACUCAAUGUUUUUGCGAAAGUUUACAAAAGAGUGUAAGGAAGUAUUGUUCCGGUAUCUAUAAAAUAGCCGGUGAAACUUUUUGCAGCGCCUGUCAACUUGGCUGGCACGCGUUAAAAAGUGUUGCCUACUUUCAGGCAAAUGCAUAAAAACUUGUGAACUGUUAUUGGAUUAUACGGAAGUUUCAAAGUUCUGGAAGCUCCACUAAAUUGUUCGCAAACUACCCAAUGAGUGGGAAAUUCGAAAUUUUAAAGUAAAUACAUACAAAGACACACUGGAGAUUUCAAGUGUAAUGUGGACAAAUUUUUCUUUAUAAACAGUGCAAAGAAGCGUACGUACAUACACAUGUGAAAUAAAACUUUCAGACAAUUAUCUGAGAACGAAGCAUAUAUUUUAAAUAUUCCAGGUCCAAGGAACAGUUUAUGGAUAUCCGCGAAUUUAUUUAAAAAAGGUUCAACAGAAGGUAAAACAAGCCACUGACUGUAGAGUGCUAUAUUAAAGCAACAAAAACAUCAAUGUGGCAUCCUUUCCGUGCGCACAUAAAACUGGCAAUGUGAUGGUAUUUUCGAAACAAACAUGCAAAAACAACAACAAGCGCCUUUGUAACACGUCGUAAUGAUGCUGCUUUAUGCCCAGACAAGUACGAGCAAAAACAAAAACAACAACAACAAUAAGAACAUCAGCCGCAGCAACAGCAACAGCAGUAAAACUAGAUGCUACCAGAUAACAAGCAACAUUAAAAACCAGUAACAAGCACUUGACAUUUUUAAAAUGUAAUCAAGCGUCAACAAGCAGAACGAGCGCGCGCUACUAACAUUUUUCAACGCAUACAUUUAGGCGCGCAUACACAGUAUUUUUAUUUUUUUUUUUGUUUUUUGUUUUCUCCCGUUUGCAUUUCAAUAUUUCCGCAUUUUACGAGCGUUUGACAUAAGCAAAUUAACAAUGAAAUAAAAGUAAGCAAAAAUAAGCGAGCAAACAAACGAACAAACAGCUGUCGCACAACAAGCAUGAAAACUGUGAAAGUAAAUAAAAUUUAAAUAGACAGCAACAAAAGCGAACGUGAGUGAACGAACGCCUAAAAGUUGAUGGCGGAGUGGUGUGUAGACAAGACGACUUGGCGACCUAAUUCAAUUGUUUGUUGCAAAUGUGCGAAGAGAGUAACUGGACGUGCAUAGCGUCAAUGGACAGAGCCAAGAAAGUGGGGAAAGCGAAUGAGAAUCAGAUCACAAAUAAACGAGUGUCCCAGUGGAAGAGAAAUGCCCGCCAGGCAUUGAGUUAAAUGUUUUUAAAUGAAUGUGUCUGCAAAAGUUGAUAUCGCUUACAGAAAGAGCAACAAUAUGCCCACAAUGACGGUAGAAAAAAAUUUAAGGUGAAUUUUAUUUGCUCAAGUCGAAGAAGUAAAGCAGCAGAACGUGACAGAAAUUAGCAAGAGAACAUUGAACGUGCGCUUAAGUGAGCUACGCGGUGGAAUUUACCAUUAAUCUGCUAAAAAUUUAAAUAAAUAAUUUAAGUGGCGGAGUGAAAACGAAAUAUUUUAAAAGAAAGUGGAGGAAAGGAAUUUCAUGGAAAAGAAAGUUUUAAUUUUUUGUUUACUUUUAACACUAAAUAGUGCUGCAUACUUUUCAGCGAAGAGCUAAGAGAAAACGAUUUAACAGUUGCAGCAUACUUCUAGGCUGAAAGGAGAAUACUGACAAUUUUCUGGCCAUAAGAGAAAACCAAAUUGUUAAUAGCACAGAAAAAAAGCUAAAAUGUAUAGCACAGUUGGAAAGAAAAAGUGCAUUUAUUUAUAAUAAAGUGAAUUUAUGUAAGAAUAAGAUAGUGAAAAAAUUUUAUGUAGCAUACUUUCAGGAGCUGCCGAGUUUUUAAAUGCCAAAUAAGUCAAAUAUUGCCAAAAAAUAAAAAAUAAAAAUGUUGCAAUCAUUUAAGUGUUCAAGUAUGCUGAAAUAAUUACACCGUGGUAGGUCUGAUAUACUUUUAGGCGUUAGAGCGAGAUACAAACGUAUUAUUAGAUACACUGAAAGCAGUUAGCACACAAAUGAGGUGAAUUGCAAAAGUGAUUGUGAAAAAGGUGUAUAAAAAUUAUAAAUUUAACUAGUUCACAAAAGCUAAAGCGACAAAGUACAGCGGUAAUACUUUCAAGCCACCGCUCUUCAUUUUCUGCCAAAAAUGCACACGUACAGCAAAAUGCAUCGAGAAAUCAGCCCCUAUCGACGGACUAGUCUUCCGCGCCACAGCAGCGCGCUCGCAGCGAGGAUGUGGCUGCUACUCAUAAGCAUAGCUCUGUUGACUGCUAUUGACCGUAGCUCUGCUGUCACUCAGCUCAAGCUGCUAAUCAACGAUGACGAACUGCUGAUGCAACAACCAAAACCCGUGCCAAACGAAGGACUCAAAUCACAAUUCGAUCAUCCAGCAGCGGACGAUUCCGGCGAACGACUUAAUUUAUAUCGCAGCGAGUUAAAGCGACUCUCCUACGAGACCAUACACCGCAUUUUGCGCGAUGAAAAUGAACCAAUCUAUAGGCGAGAAGAUGCCGAGUUUCGCUACUAUCAGAAGCGAUCUUAUCAGCCGACACACGAAGUGGUGCGACGUGCAGCUCCAAUCGCGCUCGCACAGAGCGAAGUCAGGCAAAUUACGCCGGCGAGAAAACCAACUGAAAAUACGUUCAAGCUCACGCAUGCCCAACUGGUCAGCUUCGAUGCUGCGCAGGACUAUGAGGGCAAUUGGAGCACAAUCUAUACUGUAGAUUUGAGUAACAACCAACUGCAAGCGGUUAACUUGUGCGCAUUCACGGCACUACAGCAAGUGAAGCUGGCAAACAAUUCGCUCACCACCAUACCACUAAAUGGGAAAGGCGGCGCAACGAGCACAAUCAUAACACUCGAUCUGAGCCAAAAUCUAAUCGCGCAAACGCCUGCUAUACAAAGUGCCAGCCUACGCGAAUUGCACCUCAGCGGCAAUCAAAUAACACAGCUGGCACAUCUCAAUCUCUCCAUGCUAAGCGCACUCGAAACACUGGAUCUUUCGUGCAAUCGCAUUGCCGAACUCGAAACAGCUUUCUUUCCGCAGCGCAUGCACAAUCUGAAACAUCUCAAUCUCGCUUACAAUCGCAUUGGCACCAUCUACCGCGAGACUUUCUACAACCUACUCAGCUUGAAUACGCUGCUCUUGAGUCACAACAACAUCGUUGAUAUUGACUAUGAGACCUUCUUGGCAUUGCCGAAUCUACAGUAUCUGGAUUUGUCCUACAAUCAGCUGCGGGGUGAAGCUAUUCGCGCCUUGCAGGGUAUACCCGAUUUGGUGCGACUCUCAAUCGCCUACAAUCCUGAGGUGGGUGCAGCUAUGCAGGAAUUCGUCGCUUCGUGGAGUCUAAAGGAGUUGGAUGCUAGCGGUACGGGAUUGUGUCAGAUACCGGCGGCAUUGGCACAAUCGGUGAGGACACUCAAGCUGACGGACAAUUGGUUGAAGAUUAUCAACAGCGGCGACUUGGAUAGCUACCCACUACUGCAGUACCUCGACCUUUCACACAGUCGCAUCGAAGACAUUGAAGACGAUGCACUCGGCCGACUAGAGAUAUUAGAGACGCUCUUCCUUGACCAUAAUCAGUUGGCUAAAGUGCCCAUCAGUUUGCCCACCUCAUUGGAGCAUCUAUUCCUGCAGCAUAACGAAAUCAUGGACAUACAACCGCAAUCCUUUACUGGACUCAACAAUCUACAAACGCUCGAUCUCUCGGGCAAUAAACUCUUGUACUUGCCAGCGCUGCCGUUGCCCAAAUUGCUGACACUCAAUUUACGCGCGGCCGGCUUGCGGGGCGUAAGCCAAGCCAUGGUGCAUACGUUGCCACGUUUGCGUGACCUGCUGCUCGAUGAGAAUCCAAUUAAGUGCAGCGAUUUGCUGAGCAUCGCCGAGUGGGCCAGUCCAUGUAGGAUUGUAGAGCGUAGCGGCAGUAACAAUGGCGAUGGCGGACUAAACAAAACCGAACUGGAGAGCUUUAAUUUUGAGGGUAACAGUAUUAUAGACGAUUUGGGAAAAAAUGAACAGCAGCAGCAGCAGCAGCAGCAGAAGGGCGGUCAUAAUCGGUUUGGCUCUGGCAAGAGUGCGGGCGGACAAUUAAUUGCAUUGAGUGCAACUGCAGAUAAACUGGGUCAGCAGCGUACGGACGACGUUGAAACGCUCGUUGAUGGCGAGGCGGCAGAGCAGCAGCUUUCAUCGGAAGAAGCAACAAAAAUCGAACUGAAACAGAAGUUUGUGCGGAUGCACAAUUUUUUCGAAAAGUUUAAGAGUAAUUGCGGUGCACAAAAACAAACAGCUGAUGGGUGGCAGGCAGAGAACGCACACACGCCCACACCUAUGUGCGCCACAGAAUUUGAAAUCGGCAGUGGCGAACCAGCAGAAUGCACCGAAGUUGUGUCAGCAGGCAGCAGCGUCGAGACGAGCGAGGCAACUUUCAAUUUGCCAAACGGUUUACAAACGCAAAGCGAAAAAUCAAACGCGAAAAUGCCAACGCUGCCGAACUUGCAACAACCAGAUAGAAAUAGAGAAAAUAUGACUGGCACAGAAGCGAUAGAUGAAGAUGGUGGGGCAAGGAGAGAGACACAAGCGAACGGAAUGCAAGUUGAGAUGAAACUUUUCAAGUUUAAUCAAAAGAAUUUUACGGCUGAGAUGGCAGCGAGUCCACAAGCAGCAGCUACAGCAACAACAACAAUCACACCAACAACACCUACAAAGUUAGCUGCGGAAGCGACGUUUGAUUACCAGGCAAACGCCACUCAAGCGCAUGCAACAACAAUUAGCAGAAUAAACGAAAAAGUUAAGUCAGCACGGCCAACUGGGCCAGCGUUUGCCAUGGCAUACGCCCUAGCAACACAGGCGCCAACUCAAAGAAGAACAACGCUUGCAGGACUGGAGAGACCGAAAACGCUGGCAACGCCAACCAACGCAUCGGUAGUGGCAAAAACUUUGCGGCAAGUUGCAAUUGUUGCAACAGGAAGUGGUGCGGCAACAGCAGCCAAUUUAUUGAGGCAACAAAUCACGGAAACAACAACAGUUGGCACAAAAUUUGCGUCAGCAAAGUUCACCGGAUCGGCAGUAGCAAAAUCGAUUGCGGGUGCAACAAAAGAGAUAACAACAAGUAAACAAGCGACCGCGCCCCAAAGUAUGCUUGUAAGCUUAUCGUUGCAGAAGCAAGUGGAUUCAGCAACAGCAGCAGCCAUUAUUUCGAGUAAUAAUCAAGAGCAGCAACAAGAACAAACAACACAAAGCCACUCGAUAAAUGCUAAACUGGCAGCUAAGUCAUCAUUAAAUAAUACCAGAGAGAUUUCCGCAUAUCAGCAACGAGCAGUUGGUGCACAAGCCAUGCUCCCAGGCAUCGCAGCAACAACAACUGGAGGAGCUGCAAACACAACAACAAAUGCUGAUGCUGCAACAUCUGCAGCGGCAGCAGCAGCAGCAGCAACACAUGCCAGCACAGCAGUAACUAUCCAGCAGCUGCCACAUACAAUAUCGCCAUUGCACACAACAGACAGCAACUAUUACAUGACAGCAACAACAACAACAACAGCGUCAACAAUGCAAUCCAAAAUAAGCACUAAAAUAUUGCCAAUGGCAGCAAGUUUCUUGCAAACUAAACGAGCUCAAGCAAUGCCAAGCGCCCAAAUGACUGCUCGAACAACUACUGCAACAUUUAAUGUUGAAGCAACAAUGUUGACAACAUUGGCGCAGUUGAGCGCCGGUGCUGAGCAAGCAGGUCAGAGUGGAAAGGGAGAGGAUGGUUCAGAAGUUUCAAAAGCAACUGCGGUAAUAGAAACAACAAAAGUGCAAACCUCCACAACAACAACAACAACAAGAGCAACAGACGAAAAACAAACAACACAGCUGUCACGAACAACAAUACAGCCUGAGUCAAUGGCCAAACAGAAAGUAGAUAACAAUUUAACUCGAAAUGACAGCGACAAUGACGGCUAUAAAGUGCAGUCAGACAAACAAUGGCAAGAAGAGGAAGACGCAAAGAGAGUGACAGCAACAAUGGCAGCUAAACAAUUGGCGAGGGCAAAGGCAGCACAAUUUUGGCAGCAACAUAAUUUUAAACGAGCAAAUCCGUAUCCAAACGACAUUUCCGGUCAAUGGCGUCACAGCGAAGAGGAGCGCCGUUGGCAGGAGGCACAAGAUGAAAGCACUACCGAGCACACAGUAGCUACAACAAGAGGACCCGUUACAACAACGUCACCACCAUCACCUCACAAACACGAGCCGUUACAACUACACAUACGAGAUCGUCAUUUAAUUGGAACACCGUUGCUCAUGCACCGUGGCGAAAAUAUGCUGGUGGAGGCGGCCGAGGCGCUCAGGCAAACGACUGUUACAGCUAAAACAACAACAGCAACGCACAUUACUACACCUACCAGUACGGUGCAGUCUUCAAAAGCAACAAACGAUAGUGUGCUGCAGCAGCGUACAAUGUACGACAAAGCUUUGGCCACAAGCCAACUAAUGGAAGCUGAGCAUCAAGCGAACGUCAACCUUUCAAGGGAGGAGGAAACGAAAGCGAAUCUGCUGCAGUUGAUUACAAGAACUGCAAAUAGCAAUAACUUCUCUAACCCGGAACGCUCGCAAGCGGAAGCAAUAAACGUUGAGACAAAUGUGACGCCAGUACAAGAAAUUGGCAGCGAGGACCAACAACGCCCGGUGAAGCAAUACGAUAGACAUGCAGAUAAGCAAAUGUUGGCAGAAAAAGUGGUAGCCGCAAAAACAACAGUAAUGGGCGCCAUAACCACUGCAGCCACUGCAACCACAACGGACAACAUAAACAUGGAACAACAUAAAGUUACAGCAAGCGGAGCGCACAAGGUGUACGCUACAGAGCGCCGAGUGCUGCCAAAAAAAUAUGACGAUAUCGCAGGUGCUGGCGUCGGAGGAAGGCACAACAAGCCCACGUUGAUUAUGAAGAAAAUGACUAUACAAACAAAGCACGCGCACCACACACAAGCACCGUUGCAACAGCACUACUCGCUUAACACGCCACGAGAAAACGAGUCGGUGUUACGUGAGCGCAGUGGUGAAGCGGUUGCGGGUGGCGUCCACGGAUUUGUAGGCAAACUUAUGAAUGCGGAAAGCGACUUGUUUGAGGAUAACAGCGCACAUAACUGGAACAGCAUCAAUGAGCAAACGGAGUUGCCCCACAAUAUGCCACAACACAAGCACAGCACUGUGAAUACGCCCGUUAUAAGAGAUAGCCGCUUGGGCUUGCUAGCCGCAAUGCAGAGUGUACAGUUUGGUGAACAGGCAGCAGCGCAGGAAAAACUCGAUGCGCCCACAGCUCAACUCUCGAUCAGCAUGCAGAGCCGCACGCCAACACAGUCACAGCUGCACGAGCCAAUGCACGGGCAGGAGCGCGCUGCUGCGCAUAUGCAAACGCAAAAAUGGCUGGACGCGCGCAAAAUCGGAACGGGUACGGCGCAUCCAGGCGUGGUAAUUUUACUCUCUUUCUCGCUGCUCGCUGUACUUCUGGUCGGCCUAAUGCAUGUCUAUCGCUGUGAUGUGUUGCCAUGGCGGCGCCACUUGCUCGCCCAUCAGCAGCGACCGCAUCAUCAGCGACAAUUUAAUGCCACCGCAGACGAUGAUGUGCACAGCUUUUUGCAUUACCACAACAAUGGCGGCGGUGAGCAGCAGCAGCAGCAGCAGUGUACGCAACAACCGCCGCGCUGGCAUCACGGCACGCGGUCACGCGCGCCCUACAGCUCGCCGCUACACAAUUUGCAUGUGCGCGAGUUGCAAAAAACUUCAGCUGUGGAGCUAGAGGCAGCAGCACGCGUGACGCGCAGCUAUUAUGAUGUUAGGCCAUAUGCAAAGAGCACUACAGCGCCGCGGCGCAAUGACAGCACGGGCAGUAGUGCCAGCGGCGGCAGUGGCGAGGCAUCGCGCAACAGCAGCAGCAGCCUCAGCAGCACACAUUCCUCAUCCACGGCGGGCAUAUUAGAGGCAGCAGAUGAUGCUUUCUAUGUGGAAAUGGCGGCAGAGUGUGGUCAAAUGACUGGCUGUAGUAGCGUAAAUGAUCCACAACACUGUGACAUGUUGCCGAUGGAGCUGUUGGCGGUGACGUCAGCGGGCAAGCGAAAUGAUGGCAAUGAUGCAGAUGCAGCAGUACAUGAGACAGCGAGUUUGCGGUUGGGUGGAAUGGACGUUGAAGAAAAAAUUACCGGCGCAGUGAUAGGGGCUAAGGCGGGAAAGCAAGUAACAAAGGCGCGCGACAACAGUGGUAUCAGCGCGCUGCAGGCCAAUGGCUGUAGGAGUAAAGUGCGCUCGAAUACGGCAUCUUACGUAGCACCGUCAUCGUCCACGCGUAAAUUUGACUUGUGGUGACAAUCGAUGUUUCAGCGCCAAUAUGCGCCAUUCCAAUAAAUAUGCGCGCUAACGCAAAGUGACAGGAGUGAGAGCAGAGGCAUCAACGAAGGUGAAAAAAUUUAGACCGAAAAGGCUACUGGCAUAUAAGAGUGGAGUAACUGAGAUGACAGCUGACAGCUGACAGCUGACAGCUGACUUGCUGACGGCUUAUGAACUCGAAUGUGGAGCAGGCGCAGUAAAGAACAUGAUAAGUAUGUAGUUUUAUUGUGUAAGUUAAGAUACUUAAUUAGGAAUGUGGUUCAAUGUGAACACAAAUGUAUGUAUGUCAGUUUAUAAGUAUGUUAGCCAAUGCAUUAUUGAUAGGACGUUGUAAAAAAAUUAGUAUAGAAACUAAUUUGGUGAAGAUUAGGUAAUUAUUGAAUAGAUUCAGAAAAUGCCAAAAGUACACACUCAUGUUGCAAAGAAAUUGAAGAAAAAUGUUUAAAAAAUUUAACUUUA